GGCUUGUUUACUAUGGCUGAUGAUCUGGAGCAGCAGUGAGUUACUCCUGUCCGUUUCUUUUUCUGUCUCUGUCUAUCUGUCCGGGCCAGGAUCCGGGGAUUGUCUGUGGUUUCGGACAGCUUCAGACUUCCCCGCCUUUCCUUUUCAGGCCUCAGGGCUGGCUGAGUAGCUGGCUUCCCACUUGGCGCCCCACUUCCAUGUCUCAGCUGAAGAAUGUGGAAGCCAGGAUCCUCCAGUGUCUCCAGAACAAGUUCCUGGCCCGUUAUGUAUCCCUCCCAAACCAGAACAAAAUCUGGACGGUGACUGUGAGCCCAGAGCAAAAGGACCGUACCCCUCUGGUGAUGGUCCAUGGCUUUGGGGGCGGUGUGGGCCUCUGGAUCCUCAACAUGGAUUCACUGAGUGCCCGCCGCACACUGCACACCUUUGAUCUGCUUGGUUUUGGGCGAAGCUCAAGGCCAACGUUCCCACGGGACCCAGAAGGAGCUGAAGAUGAGUUUGUGACCUCAAUAGAGACAUGGCGGGAGACCAUGGGCAUCCCCACCAUGAUCCUGCUGGGGCACAGUCUGGGAGGGUUCCUGGCCACUUCUUACUCUAUCAAGUACCCCGAAAGAGUUAAACACCUUAUCCUGGUGGACCCAUGGGGCUUUCCUCUACGACCAACCGACCCCAGUGAGAUCCGUGCACCUCCAACCUGGGUCAAGGCUGUGGCAUCUGUCCUGGGACGUUCCAAUCCACUAGCUGUUCUUCGAGUGGCUGGGCCUUGGGGGCCGGGGCUGGUGCAGAGGUUCCGUCCAGAUUUCAAGCGCAAGUUUGCAGACUUCUUUGAAGACGAUACCAUCUCGGAAUACAUCUACCACUGCAAUGCACAGAAUCCCAGUGGGGAAACAGCGUUCAAAGUCAUGAUGGAGUCCUUCGGCUGGGCCCGGCGCCCCAUGUUGGAGCGAAUCCACUUAAUUCGAAAAGACGUGCCCAUCACCAUGAUCUAUGGGGCCAACACCUGGAUAGACACCAGCACAGGGAAGAAGGUGAAGAUGCAGAGGCCGGAUUCCUAUGUCCGGGACAUGGAGAUUGAGGGUGCAUCGCACCAUGUCUACGCCGACCAGCCACACAUCUUCAAUGCUGUGGUGGAGGAGAUCUGCAACUCGGUUGACUGAGCUGCUGUGAGAGGGAGAGGAGGAAGCCGGAGUUGCUGUCAUCUGUCUCCCUGUCUUAGGCAGAAUCUCUGUCCUUUCCUCACCAACUAACACGUGCCAGCCAGGCAGAGUCGCAGGCUGUCAUAGGACCACAGUGAAAAAGAACACUUCCGAUCCCAUGCUGAGGGCAAGAGGCAGACUCCACCAGAGGCCUUGAACUCCCCACUCUGGGGUAGAGCAUAAAGGGUUGCCUAGCGCCACCCGUCCUCUCCACGCCACGCGUUACGAGGUGGCAACUGUGAGGAGAUUGGGCAAGCCAUGCCAUCUCCCUGCAUGGCCUUUUCCCCUCCUCUGCACAGA